AUGAUCAGAAACAAGACAACGGUGACAGAAUUCAUCCUCCUGGGAUUUGGAGAGUUCCAUAAAUCACAGAUGCUUCUCUUCCUGACAUUUCUAACCAUCUACAUUGUGACCAUCUCUGGAAACAUUCUCAUUGUUGCACUAGUUGUCUUUGAUCAGCAUCUUCGUACUCCGAUGUACUUCUUCCUGGGAAAUCUCUCCUUCUUGGAGGCUUGCUACAGCUCCAAUCUAUUUCCAAGGAUGCUUUCAGCCCUCCUAACUGGGGACAGACUGAUUUUGUUCAGCAGUUGCUUUACACAAUUGUAUCUAUUUGGCUCCAUGGUGUCUACUGAAUGUUGUUUGCUCUGUGCAAUGUCGUAUGAUAGAUAUCUAGCAAUCUGUAAACCAUUGCAUUAUACAACAAUCAUGAAAACCUGGACUUGUAUCCAGCUUGCAGCUGUGUCUUGGAUCAGUGGAUUUGUAGCUUUGAUGAUAUUACUCACAUUGAUGUUGCAGCAGUUAAAUUUUUGUGGCUCCAAUGAAAUUGAUCAUUAUUUUUGUGAAUACUUCCCACUGCUAAAACUUUCAUGCAGUGACACCAGUGUGAUACAAAUCAUGAGUUUCAUGGUGGCUGCCAUAUUCACAUUCCCUACUUUUCUUCUAACUCUUACAUCAUAUACAUAUAUUAUAGUUGCUGUCAUGAAAAUCCCUUCUACCACUGGGAGGCAAAAGGCCUUUUCCACCUGCUCCUCUCACUUGGUUGUGGUUUCCAUUUUCUAUGGCUCUCUAAUGAUUGUGUAUAUGAUGCCACGGGCUAACGUCAAGAAAGACAUGCUAAAAUUUUCAUCUCUCUUGUACGCGGUUUUGCCCCCUCUGGUCAAUCCCUUUAUAUACAGUCUGAGAAAUAAGGAGGUCCAAGAUGCCCUUAGAAAUAAUAUCCACAGGAUUUUUUUCCUUGCAAAGCAAAUCAGAUGUAGCUAA